UCAUUUAUAUACAGUCUCUGGUCCUGACAAAACUCAACAGAAGAGAGACGAGAUUUCAAAAAGAUGACACUUGCUUCAGUCUGCGGACUUCUCUUGCUGUGUGUCCACUUCUACUUUGUGGAUGCAGACAAUAUUUUCGAUGGCUCUUCGUCCCAUUUCGUACAGCGUCGGGACACCAACACCAAGAGGAAUUAUACUGAUGGCAUUGGAACGGUGUUCACGGUCUCCCCGACCUGGUACCUCAGUGUGGGCGACACCGUAGUCAUCAACUGCACCACACACAAUGAAAUAGGGAACUACAGCGACAAGAUGGACCUGCAGCUGACCUGGACCAAGAUGAGCCCUGGAGAGAGGACCAAGAAGGUCCUGGUGAGCCAGCGAGCCUUCAAAAAAAUCUCCUAUGUGCUUGGUCCUGUUACCCAUGAGCACCAGGGUGUCUACACCUGCAACGGCGACGGCAGCUUUCCGAAUGUUUAUGUUCAUGACUGGCACCAAAUGAUCUGGGUGGCUGAUGCUUCUCCGAGAGCCUCCAUAGAUGUGAUCAGCCAUAACCGGAGCCAGUUCUUCUACAAUGAGACGUUCACUGUGAGCUGCCAGUUGCCCGACGACAACACCCAAUGGAAGAUGAUGAGACAUAUCAACUGGUUAGGAGAUCUCACGGAGUGUCCCAACCAAGUGUCUUCCGGACGCCGCCUGUCCUGUACCGUACGCUCCGGUCACCCCUGGUCGGAUCAGUUGUUCUGGUGUGAGAAUCCAGCAGGAGAGAGGAGCAACGUCCUCAACGUCACCACCACUUUAGCGAAGGCAGCUCUGGAGAUUCCCCCACUUCCUGUGUUGGAGGGCGAGGACGUGACGCUGCGCUGUUUACUCAGAGACAGAACCACCAAGGAAAUCAGCUCCAACCACAGGGCCUUAUUUUACAAGAACGGCCGUGUGAACUGGCAUGAACAGAAAGACCUCCAAACUCUGACAGCAGUGACCAAGGCUGACGAGGGACUCUACAAAUGUCGCCAUAAAGAGGGAGAAUCUCGGGACAGUUGGCUCACUGUUAAAGCUCGGCCAGAGGCAGACCAGGACGAGAAGAGUGACGAUGUCAUCAAGACGGCGUAGAUGUUCCCUGGCUCCGCCUCCAGGCCUAGUCCUGCUCUCUGAUUGGUCGAAUGACCCCAACUGUCUCUCACAACAGUAAACAUCAGAGGCUUCAAGAAUCUUUUUGUGUCUAAAUCAGAUCUGUUGCACACUCGUGUUUCUGAUUGAUAAAUCUGAAUGACUUUGAUUGAAUUUACACUUUGUUUUAAUUAAAUAAAAAUCAUAUAUCUCAUCAUAAAUAAUGAUGGAAAAUUAAAAACCAAUAAUAUUUUCUAAAUUAAUUAAUGUCUACUUUUAACUUUAACAUGAGUCUUGGUACAUUUGAUGGCAAAUUAAAUUAAUUAAUGGGAAAAUUAGAUAGGAAAAUAAAUUACAUAACUCAUGUUAUAUCAUCUCAUAAAUAAUGAUGGAAAAUAAAAAUGUGCGUGAUAUUGUUAUGUUUAAUAUAAUUCUUGGAUGGCCAUUUACAUUAAUGUAAAUAAUUAAUAAAUAGGAAAAUAAAUUACACAACUAAUAAUAAAUAAAAAAGCAAAUAAAAUAAUAAUGUAUGUGAUUUAAUAAAUUAAUGUUUCAUAUAAUGUUUGGUACAUUUGAUGGCAAAUUAAUUAAUGGGGGAAAAAAUUGGGGGGGAACCCCAUAACUCAUAAUAAAUAAUAAAGGAAAAGAAAAAAAGAAAAAAGUAUGUAAAAUUUAAUACAUUUAUUUAUGUCUACAACUUUUAAUAUAAUUAUUGGUAGAUUUGAUGGCAUAUUAAAUUAAUUAAUGGGAAAAUUAGAUAGGAAAAUAAAUAACAUAACUCAUGUCAUAUCAUCUCAUAAAUAAUGAUGGAAAAUAAAAAUGUGCGUGAUAUUGUUAUACUACUGUUAUGUUUAAUAUAAUUCUUGGAUGGCCAU